UCCGCACGGCAUGACGGCGGCCGACUUUGUGCAGGAGAUACACUCCGUAUGGGAGAGGCUGCUACUCAAGCUGCAGAGGCUGCCCCAGGCCGAGCCCGUGGAGAUCGCAACCUUCUCGGUCCUUGUCAUUUUCGCAGCCACGGUCGUGCUGCUGCUGCUGGUGGCCAUCUGCUACUGCUGCGUUCAGUGCUGCUGCCCCGAUCGGAGAGGCAGGAAGGUCCAGGUGCGACCCAUGACCCCACUGAAAGGGACAAGGCGAUGACCAAGGAGGAACGGGACAGGAGAUCGCCAAAGCCAUGACGCGGGAUGUGGGCCUGGCCCUGCAGCCCUCGCCCCCCGCCCCCCCACAAAGCUCCUCGGCCCCAGCUCUGGCCUAGCCCUGGACUGUGACACCGAGGCCCGGAGCCUCACCGAGGAAACAAGGGCCGCUCCGGCCACAAGACUCUCACUUGCCCGGGAAGCCUGGGUGCUGAGGAGGAGCCACUGCUUCUAAGACAGAAAACCGCCAGGGAGUCUUUGUCUAACUGCGCUUUGAAACAAAACACAGAAGCGGGGUCCCCAUAUCUGGAGAAGAGCCCGCACCCUGGAGAGCUGGUCCUUGGGCUCCCAGGCCGAAGUGGAAGAGAAGCCGGCCAGUCAGAGGGACUCUGCACAGUGGCUACCAGGUCACAAGCUCCCCUGAGAGGGGCCACGUCAGUGCUCUAUGCCAGUAACUGGCCUGUUUCUUUCCCAGUAAAAGCUUUUGGGUUA